AAACUUCUGCUUACAUUGCGGCGCUGGGAAAAACGGAGCCGGGCUGUCUCGUCCCCCGGCGAGUGUCAGCUAGAGUUACCUGCCGGCCCGUGUGCCCACGAGGUUGUUUUUGUUACCUGAACACUAAGGGACGCUCAGUUCGGUCCCUCACUGUGCUGGCUGGAUUUGCUUGUAUUUGUUCCUAGCCACUGCUCAGGUAAUGCACUCCCUUAACCAGGAAAUUAAGGCAUUCUCCCGGAAUAAUCUCAGGAAGCAGUGCACCAGGGUGACUACACUAACUGGAAAGAAAAUUAUAGAAACAUGGAAAGAUGCCAGAAUUCAUGUUGUGGAAGAAAUAGAGCCAAGCGGCGGGGGAGGUUGUGGUUAUGUGCAGGACCUUAGCUUGGACCUGAAAGUUGGUGUUAUUAAGCCAUGGUUGCUCCUGGGGUCACAAGAUGCUGCUCAUGAUCUGGAUACAUUGAAAAGACUCAAGGUGACUCAUAUUCUCAAUGUUGCAUAUGGAGUUGAAAAUGCUUUCCUCAAUGACUUUAUAUAUAAGAAUAUUUCUAUACUGGAUCUGCCUGAGACCGAUAUCCUAUCUUAUUUUCCAGAAUGUUUUGAAUUUAUAGAACAGGCAAAGAUGAAGGAUGGAGUGGUUCUUGUUCAUUGUAAUGCAGGAGUUUCCAGGGCUGCUUCAAUUGUAAUAGGCUUCCUAAUGAAUUCUGAAGAAAUCUCAUUUACCAGUGCUUUUUCUUUGGUGAAAAAUGCAAGGCCUUCCAUAUGUCCCAAUGCUGGCUUUCUGGAGCAGCUUCGUACAUAUCAAGGGGGCAAAGAAAGCAAUAAAUGUGACAAACCACAGGAAUUAGAGGAAGCAACAGUUCCUGAGUUACAUUCUAGCCGAUGAAGGACAACUGUAAUUUCUGAGUUGGUCUCUAGAGCCACCUUCCCUCUUUUGGAGAGUAAACUAGUGGAAACCUCCUUUUCUCAUGCUUUUUUUUUUCAAGUGGAAAUAGAGGUCAACUGAUCGUCCUAAACUAGGGUAUAAAUAAAUUUUUAAAUUAUAUCAUGUUUUCUUUAGUAUUAUAAUGUGGGAUUAAAUGCUUAUUUGAUUUGCUAAGGGAAAAUAACAAUGUAUUACCAAUAAUUGAUUUCUGUAGAAAGCAAAGCUUUACACAUUUCAAGUCUGUAUUAAAGCAUGAAAGAUUAAAUUAGUUGAUUAAAACUUCUGGUAGUUUUCUAUGCCAGCAACUAUUUCCAUGAAAGAAAAAACAUGAAGUACUGUGAAGAAGGCAAAUUUCUUUGUAAAGAAUUUAAGGUUAAAAAACAAUACCUUAAACCUCCCCAAAAAGGUAACCAAAAUUUGAAGGUUUAUACAUUAUUCACAAAAUUUUUAUGUUCUUUUAUGAAAAUGCACCCACUUUUCAUUUUGCUUUUUAAAUUAUAUUCCGUGUUUAUUUUUAAACAUUUUGUAUAACUCUUCCAUUAUUGUGAGCGUAUGGUUCUUUAAUUAGGUGCUAGUCUCUUCCACUGUGUACUUUUUAUUCUGGGUUCCUAGCAUUCUGUUUUUGGAUUCCAUGUCAUAAUUUUCUGAUCUCCUUGAAUCUGUAGUAAAGUGUUUCAAACUGAAGAAUCAUUUUUAAAAUGUGAUCUGUUUUCUAGUUCGGUAUUCUACUAGGGAACAUAUUUUUAAGGAAAGAACACUUAUGGUUUUGUAAGAAAUUUUGAAUACAUUUUUAGAAAGCCCAAAAUCAUUUACAAUUUUAUUUCUGGCCAGAGGCUUUGAAUGGUUUCUUUUUUUUUUAUUACGUCUCCAUGUUGGCAAGGCUAAACUCUGUUCGUUAUGAAUUUGCUUAAAGGUAUGCUUUAAAUUAUUCAGAAUAAAAUGCACUUAAAAUUAAUUAUAAUAAUUAAGAUAGAAUUUAAGAGCUUUCAAGUAGACCUGCAUGACUUGGAAAAUAGCAUUGCCCUGUAGAUUUUAAUAAGAAAAUCUUGAGCUCGUCUUAGAUACACAUUAUAGAGAGCAAGCAUUUUCCUAUACAUAAGUUGGAAAAUGCACAUUGAGCACAUCUGUGCAUUUGAAAAAGCAGGCUUGCUUAUGCUGACAGGAGCAAAAAGUAGAAGCGAUAAAUGCAAAUUAUGUUUUAAGAUUGCUUGUAGCCUGACAAGAUGUCAUCAUGUGCAAAGCUAUGAACUUUCCAUCUGUUAAGAAGCAGCAUAAGUAUAAUCAACCUACAGUAAGCUGUCUGAAGCCUAACAAGGCAGACAGAAUCCUCUUAAAUAUGAGACUGGUGUAUAAUAUUGUCUUUAUAGUUAAUAUUGCUGAGGAUUUGCUGGGUAAACCUUGUCUGGUCAUGUGUAAGUAUUUAUUUAAAUACAUUUUCCUUUGUUAUUGUUAUUUAGUUUUCAGCCAUUAAAUGUUGUGAACAUGAAGCCUUAAAUAGAACUUAUUCCUUAUGGAUAGUUUAUUUUUGUCUGUAGUUAUAUGUUGUUGCCGGUAGUGAUAUGGUUACAGUGCAAACAUGUAUAUUCUGGCACAUCUACAGAAGGGCAUUGAGCAUCAAUUUUGUUUUCUCUUAAAUGGCACUAGUUUGCUGUAUCCAAAAUAAAUCAGUGAAGGGAAUUCAGUCUUUUAAAUGAGGGGUAUUAUGUAAGGCAAUGAUAGGUUAUACAUGUAACAUGUUUAUUUGGCUUCCCAUGAGUAUGUCACUCUGUCAUACCUAGUUAUUUACAAAAAGGAGCUUUAUUACUAUGAUUCUCUAUUUCACAUAUUAUAGAAAAAGUGAAAGUGUUAGUUGCUCAGUCGUGUCCGACUCUUUGUGACCACAUGGACUGUAGCCCACUAGGCCCCUCUGCCAAUGGAAUUCUCCAGGCAAGAAUACUGGGGUGGGUAGCCGUUUCCAGGGGAUCUUCCCAACACAGGGAUCAGACUUGGGUCUGCUGCACUGCAGGCAGAUUCUUUACCAUCUGAGCCACCAGGGAAGCCCUCACAUAUUGUGAACAGAUCUCAAAUAUACAUCUGUUUUGAGGGAGUGACAAAACUAUUUCAAGGCCUUUGUGCCUCUAUUUUAAAACAGAUUUCCCUAUUUUAGAAAGUCUCCUUCAAAGGUAAAUUCUCCAAAGAUUUUGGAAUGUAGCAAGUAUAAAUCAUAGUAUUGUCCUUUUACCUUACACAGUAAACUGGGUGAGUUAACACCUUUACAAGCAAACCCACAAUACAUUAAAAAAAAAAAACCACAAAAAACAGAAAUGUAGCACAAUGAAUUAUUUGAUUUUUCCAGCUGACCCUAAGUAGUUGAUUUUUCUGCCCAAAGCCUCCUGAACAUAUUUAGUUACCUGUAGUUGUUUAGCACUUUAAAGCAGAAGAUUUUAAGGUUUUAUAUUCAUAUGUUACAUGCAAUGGUAUUUACAAUGAACACAUUUUUGGUUUGUCUUCAUUGACAUACUUAAAACAGUUUAAACUUUUCUACUUCAAUUGAAACUUUGGCUUACUGUUUUGUAUCCAUACUUAUAAUGUGCCCUUUAUUGUUUCUGGGUAUUGAUAUACUUUAAUAAAAAUAAUAAAUUUACUAUUUCUUCCAUUA